AUGACGCCCAAGCCCCCAAUAGCAAUCAUAGGCGGCGGACCCUGCGGUCUAACAUUCGCACGUCUCCUCGAACGCGCUGGAAUCGACUACAUAGUCUUCGAACGCGAUGCCUCCCCCAACACGACAACCCGAUUCCAAGGAGGAACGCUAGACUUGACAGUCGAAGGAGGACAAGCAGCCCUAAAACUCGCAGGUCUAUCCACCGAGUUCGAGAAACUGGCCCGUCGAGACGCGACAACGAUCCUAAUGCAGGAUUCGCAGGGCCAGAACCGUAUCUCCGCCGGCGAGGGAAAUGAUCGUCCUGAGAUCGACAGGUUACAGCUUCGUCGGCUGUUGUUGGAUUCCAUUCCCGCGCAUCGCGUGAGAUGGAAUAAGGCGCUUGGGAGUGUCGAGCGUGCUGUGAAGAAUGGGAAUGGACCUACUUCUGCUUCUGCUUCAGCUUCAGCGGCGGACUGGAUCUUACGCUUUACCGAUGGCUCGAGCGAGACUGGGUUCAGGCUCAUUGUUGGCUCGGAUGGGGCAUGGAGCAAAGUGCGACAGCUGAUCACACCGGCAAAACCCCAAUACUCCGGGAAAAUGUUCAUCGAAGGCCGCAUCUCGCAGGAGAAUCCACAGUACGGCGCUGCGCUUGAUAUGGUCGGUGCCGGGAACUCCAUUGCCAUGGGCGCAGGCCUCGCAUUGUGCAUCCAGCAAAUGUCUGACCGCUCGUACCGUGUGUAUAUGGGCGUUGAAAAGCCCGAGACAUUCAUACAGUCUGGUGGUGAAGCCGAUGUACAUGAUAUGUUCAAGGCCCGGGCAACGAUGAACAAGCUUUAUGCCGGCUGGGCUCCGCACCUUCGUGCCUUUGUGGCAGAAGCUGAAGGUCCGUGGCGGCCUUGGCCUCUUUAUCGACUUGAUCAGGACCUCUUUUUACCCGGUGCGUUGAGAGAUGAGGAGACGGGGGAGAAAUUGUGGACGCGCACGCCGGGGGUUGCGGUAUUGGGCGAUGCGGCGCAUGUGACUACACCGAAUGGGGAGGGUGUCAAUCAUGCUAUGAUGGAUGCUUUGGUGUUGUUUGAGCAUAUUGCGUCUGAGCUGGCUGGGGUCGGUGGUAAUGUGCACGAUGCUGCAGCUUUGGAACGUGCCAUUGUUGCAUAUGAAGCUCAUAUGCGACCCCGGGCGUACGAGAGUAUCAUGGAUAGCUUGAAUUUCGAGAAUGUCAUGUACAAGGAGGAUGGUGCACAGCGAAUGAUGAAGAUGUUUGGUCAGGAACAGUAG